CUUGCCUGGCCUCAUAACCAUUUGUUACAUAAGUUACUACAGAAUUGGACGGUGAUCUAAUUGAAUUAUUGGAAAAUGUCAGAAAAAGUUGAAGCAUAUUUGGUGAAAAACAAAAGUGUUUCUCAGGAAGUUAUUGCUGAUAUUUGGCAAAAGCUCGAGCAACUCUACUUCAGAAAGCUUUGGCAUCAAUUAACUGUGGAAUUGCGAAAAGUAAUAAAUGAUGAUGCAUUUAUCCAAACGAUUGAUUUGAAAGAUUUUUAUGAUAAUUUCAUCAAUGAAUUUGAGCAUCGAAUAAAUCCUCUACAGCUUGUUGAAAUUAUCAUUCCGGUGGCAAAAUCAAUUUUUGUAAAAAAUAGAGACGCCGCAUUUACGUUUUUAAAUAAAAUUGAGAGGACAAUUUCGAAAGACAAACAAGCGGUAGUGCGUGUGCGAACGGGACAGAUUGAAUUACGCCUGAUGCAUAAGGAUUCCAAAGAUCGUUGCGUCGAUAUUCAGAUCGUGAGGAAAAUGAUUGAAGAAACUCAAGCACUGCUGGACGAAUUGCCUGGAGUUACACUAGUACAUGGACCCUUUUAUAAGGUUUCAUCUGUUUAUCUGAAGGAAAUUGGCAACUACGCUGGCUAUUAUCGUGAAGCCUUACGCUAUUUGGGUUGCGAAGAUCAGACAAAGUUACCGCAAUCUGAGAAGCAGUUGCAAGCAGUAUUGCUAGGAUUUGCUGCUCUGCUGGGCGAUAAUGUUUACAAUUUUGGUGAAUUGUUGGCACAUCCGAUUUUGAAAUCGCUGGAAGGGACUCGCGAAAAAUGGAUCAUUGAUGUAUUAUAUGCUUUUAAUGCUGGUGAUCUCAAAAAAUUCUAUGAAUAUCGUCCACAGUGGGCCGAGUGGGAUGAUCUGAAAGAUCAUCAGGACCUUUUGGAAGAUAAAAUUCGCUUAUUGAGUUUGAUGGAGAUUGCUUUGGCUCGUCCGUCGAAGGAACGGUAUAUUUCAUUUAAAGAAAUUGCUGAAAAAGCCCAGAUUGAUCUGAAUAAAGUUGAAGCUCUGGUAAUGAGAGCGCUGAGUAAGGGCCUAGUGCAAGGUUCGAUUGAUCAGGUGGAGGAACUAGUUAAUAUUACCUGGGUACAACCAAGGGUACUUUCGCCGCAGCAGAUUCUGGCAAUGAGUGAUCGUAUUGGCGCCUGGUGUGCUGAAGUUGAAGGAAUGGAAGCGAUUGUUCGUAAUAAUGCCAGAGAAAUACUGACAAAAACGUGAUGUUGCUUGCUGAUUGUUUGAUUUGUACUAUUAUCAAGGACUGGUAAUAAUAAAUAUAAGUAGUUAUGCAGUCGGAAAAUUUUUUUUAAUUUCAACUGGAAAAAUUGAUUUGUGAUUUGUUGAAAUGCGUUUUCCGUGAAGUGUUACGUUAAAAUAUGGUCGAUCAUAGUAUUUUGCGUGGGCAUCGAAAAGCAGUGGGAAC